AUGGCUCGUCAUCAAUCAAGCUCUCCUACACCUAUAUUUGAGACUGUACAAGCUUUAGCUAAAGGUACAAAGAGAUUGGUAUAUGAAGUUAUAUUUUUGAAUGUUGAAAAUCGUAUGCUUCAAAGAGUAAAUGAGGUAUUAAGUAAAUAUCGAUGCACUAAAAAAAUUCAACUACAUAAUAGAGGAGUACUUACUGGACAAGAAGCUGAAGAUAUAUUAUCACAACAAGAGGUUGAUAAUCAGAUUCAACGCGACGAGCGUCAAAAUGGGGGAAAUUCUAAUAGGGAAUCAUCUACUAGUCGAUGCUGCAGUAAGUGCGGAAGGACUGGUCAUAAUUCAAGAACUUGUCAAAAUGAUAUAAUAGAUCCUAGAUUAUUAGAUUCUUAA